AUGGCAAAGUCAAUCCUCCUCAUCAACGGCCCCAACCUGAACCUCCUCGGUACCCGGGAACCGCACAUCUACGGCUCGACCACACUCUCCCAGCUCGAGAUGCAAUCAAAAGAACACGCCAAGUCUCUCGGCGCAGACCUGCAAUCCUUCCAAUCCAACACUGAGGGCGCCAUUGUCGAGCGCAUACACGCGGCGCGGGGCAACGUCGACGUCAUCAUCAUCAACCCCGCCGCCUACACACACACGAGCGUCGCCAUCCGCGACGCGCUGCUAGGCGUCGAUAUCCCCUUCAUCGAGCUGCACAUUAGCAACACGCACGCGAGAGAGAGCUUCAGACAUCACAGCUAUUUGAGCGACAAGGCGGUUGCGGUUAUCAUGGGGUUGGGAAUUCAUGGAUAUGGGUACGCCAUUGAUCAUGCCGUUAAGAAUAUCAAGCCCAAGGCAUAA